AUGAGCCUUGCUGAGAUCAGAGAGGACUGCCACACAGUGUGCAUCAUCGUGCAGUGCACUUUGCAAUGCUACAAUCAUCCUCGUCUUUGUUUUUGUCUUUCUUGCCCAGGUACUUCAUACAUACGUGUGCCCAUUCAGGUCAGUCAAAGGCUCAUAGCGACGCUUCAGCAAGCCUUAGUUCAGUGCAAACGUUUUGUGUAUCAGUCUGUUGGUGUGGGAUUCCACCCUGCUGGCUUGUUCUGAAGGUAUGUACUCACCAGCCUCCUGUGUUUGUCCGUUGUCAGUGGUUUUGUGAAGAUAUCAGCAAUGUUCAGUUCUGUUCUGACAUGCGAGGCCUUCACUUCGCCUUUGCAGACCAUGGUCCUCACAUUGUGGUAGGCAGAGCGUAUCGCCUUUGUCUUGUCAUUGACGACAUAGUUGCUUGCUGUGUGUCUUGCGCUGUCAGCGUCUGUGCGAAUGUGUACGCUCGCAACGUGCCCAAACUCACUCGCUAGUCCGCAUAUGUGCACCAAUUCGUCACAGCAUCGACUCAUCUCAACGUAUUCAGCAUCAUGUGUGCUUCCUGUGACACAGCGCUGGUUUUUGCAUCGCCAUGUGA